AUGGCGCCCCGUUCCAUCAUCAAGGGUGCCUUGCUGAGUGCUCUCGCACUUUCAGCCCCAGUUACAGCUCAAGUGGCGGAACAAGUUUCGUCGACUUCAGGCGCUGGAGUCCCACUCUUCACGAGUGAGACCCUUCAAUUGACCGAAGAUGCUCUGGCCAGCCUCAACCCGAACCAGUCCGUUCUCUUCCAGUUCGGAAACUCCACCAACUCCAGCUUGUCUGCCCGCAGCAUCAGUGGAUGCAAGGUCUACCCUGGCGACUUCUUUUGGCCCUCCAAGCUGGUUUGGUCGCUCUUGGACAAGUUCCUCGGUGGUGCUUUGAUCAAGACCGUGCCUCUGGCUGCUUCUUGCUAUUCCUCUUGGGACGAGUACGAUGCCGAUACUUGCGCCAGCAUCACCGAUGACUGGACCAACUCUAACCUCCAUGCUGCCGAUUCUGCCUCGGUGAUGUGGCCCCUCUUCGAGGGUAGAACUUGUCUGCCCACUACCAAUGCCUCCGCAUCCUGCACGGUCGGUGGCUACAGCAGCUACGCUGUCAAUGUCAGCACUGUGGCUCAGAUCCAGCUGGCUGUUAACUUUGCUCGUAACGCUGGUAUCCGUCUGGUUGUCAAGAACACUGGCCACGACUUCAAUGGCAAGUCUACCGGUGCCGGUGCUCUGGGUAUCUGGACCCACCACCUGAAGGAGAUUGACUACAUUGAGAACUACAAGAGCAAGAGCUACCAGGGUCCCGCUGUCAAGAUGGGUGCCGGUGUUCAGGCCUUUGAGAUCUACGAGAAGGCCAACGAGCUUGGCUUCUCCGUUGUCGGUGGUGAGGGCAAGACUGUCGGUGUUGCCGGUGGUUACGUUCUUGGUGGUGGCCACUCGCCCCUGUCCAGUAUCUACGGUCUGGCCGCUGAUCAGGUUCUCGCCUUGGAGGUUGUCCUUGCCAACGGUCGCUUUGUCACCGUGACUGAGGAGAGCGACCCCGAUCUCUUCUGGGCCAUCCGUGGUGGCGGUGGUGGUACCUUCGGUAUUGUCACCUCUGUCAUCUCUCGUGUCCACCCCAAGGUCGGCGUGACCGUGACUACCUUCAGCUUCUCCACUGGCACUGAUGUUUCCGCCGACACCUUCUGGGCCGGUGUCCGCUCCUACAUGGAGCGCUUCCCCGCCCACGCCGAUGCCGGUACUUACGCCUACUUCUGGAUUCUCAACACCGGUACCGACUCGUUCGAGUUCCUGAUGAACCCCUUCUUCGCUGUCAACCACACUCUGGCCGAGUACACCGCUCUCGUCCAGCCCUGGUACGACGAGCUCGCGGACCUGGGUAUCUCCAUUACCCCCAACUCCACCUACUACGACAACUUCUACGAUGCCUGGAGCGCCGGUUUCCCCCUCGAGACCGUCGCUUCCUCCGUGAUGAUGACCGGCUCCCGUCUCUUCCCCCGCGCUAACUGGGAGAGCGACUCUCUGUUCAACUCUACCUUCGACGCCCUCCGCUCCACCAUCUCCGAGGGCUACGUCCUCCUCGCCUUCAACCUGAAGGCCGAGCUCGUCGACGGAUACCCCUCCAACUCGGCCAACCCUGCCUUCCGCAACACCCUCCUGCACGCUAUCACCUCCACCAGCUGGGACUCCGACGCUACCAACGCCGAGAUCCUGGAGAAGAUGGAUUACCUGACCAACGACGUCCUCGGCCAGUGGCGCGCUACUUGCCCCGACUCUGGCGCUUACAUGUCCGAGUCUGAUAUCCAGGAGCCUGACUUCCAGCAGGCCUUCUACGGAUCUAACUAUGCUCGUCUGUACAAGUUGAAGCAGCUUUAUGAUCCUACUAACCUGUUCUAUGCUCCCACCGCUGUCGGCAGUGAGAACUGGGAGGUUAAGAGCGCCGAUGGUCUUCCUGACCAGAACGGCCGUCUGUGCCGUGUUUAA